GCCCCCUGCUGGCUGUCUCUAGGCGAUGGUGCGGCUAAGAUGGACGCUGUGUGAUGGUGGUCCCCGACACGGUGACACUGUGCUCCCACACCUGCUAAUCGCCGCCACGCUGGGACAUGGAGGGACUGAGCACUGCCCGCCCCCGGUAGAGGAGAAGCUGUAAGGGGAGAGCCAGCGGUAACAAUACGGAGCCAUAGUAAGAGCUGAGCACCAUGGCUGGGAUUAUAAAGAAACAGAUCCUGAAACAUCUCUCCAGAUUUACUAAAAACCUGUCUCCAGACAAAAUAAAUCUAAGUACCCUUAAAGGAGAAGGUCAACUGACAAACUUGGAGCUUGAUGAAGAUGUCCUCCAGAACAUGCUGGACCUGCCCACAUGGCUUGCCAUCAACAAGGUUUUCUGUAACAAAGCUUCCAUUCGGAUUCCUUGGACAAAGCUGAAGACACAUCCAAUAUCCCUGUCCCUGGACAAAGUGAUAAUGGAGAUGAGCACAUGUGAGGAACCGCGGAGUGGAAAUGGUCCUUCACCCCUCGUCACAGCCUCAGGACAGAGUGAAUAUGGUUUUGCUGAGAAGGUAGUUGAAGGGAUCUCUCUCUCUGUCAAUUCCAUUAUAAUCCGUAUCCGAGCCAAGGCUUUCAAUGCUUCAUUUGAGCUGUCCCAGUUAAGAAUAUACAGUGUAAAUCCACAAUGGCAGCAUGGAGACCUGCGCUUUACUCGAAUACAAGAUCCGCAGCGUGGAGAGGUUUUGACAUUCAAAGAAAUAAACUGGCAGAUGAUCCGCAUAGAGGCGGAUGCCAUUCAGAGCAGUGAGCAUGAAAUAAUGAGCGCGCCUGUCCGAUUAAUUACUAAUCAGUCCAAAAUUAGAAUCACAUUAAAGAGGAGGCUCAAGGACUGCAAUGUGGUCGCCUCGAAGUUGAUUUUAAUGCUGGAUGAUCUAUUAUGGGUGCUGACAGACUCUCAGUUAAAGGCCAUGGUUCAGUAUGCAAAGUCUCUAAGCGAAGUGAUUGAAAAAUCCACAGAACAAAGGAAGAGCAUGGUAUCCGAUUCCACCCAGGGCUCCACUCCUCCUCCAAGCAUGCAGCAGGUAAAAACUCAGCAAUCUACUGCAACAACAGAACAAAAUCAUGCCAUUAUAAAGCUGUUCAGAGACUUUGAUGUCAAGGAAACCUCAUAUCAUUUGGUCAUCUCCCACUUGGAUCUGCACAUAUGUGACGACAUUCACUCAACAGAAAGAGCAUGUAACAGGAGGAUUACUGGAGGUGCCAUGCAAUUGUCUUUCAGCAUGCUUACAGUGGAUUACUAUCCUUAUCACCGAGCAGGAGACAGCUGUAGCCAUUGGAUGUAUUUUGGUGAUGCUACAAAAACAAGAUGUUCCUGGGCACAGGAAUUACUGCAGGAAUUCAAAUCCAACAUGGACUUGCUUAAACAAGCAGUUAAAGAUCAUAAUUUUGGAUCUCCUACAAAAUCUCCUACCCACUCUCAGCAGUACGGAACAGGUUCCGAAUCGAAUGUUAAAGGGCCACUUGUAACAGGUCCAGGAGAGCACCUCAAAUCCAAACUAAUGUCCAGUUCUUUUGUUGUCAGACUUGCUGACUUAAAUAUUUUUCAGGUUUCUACAGCUGAUUUGUGUCGUUCGUCCCCUAAAACAAUGAUUUCCUGCAAUAAGAAGAGCCUGUAUCUUCCACAGGAAAUGUCUGCAAUUCAUAUUGAAUUUACUGAAUAUUAUUUCCCAGAUGGAAAGAAUUUUCCUAUUCCAAGUUCCAACCUGUAUGUACAGCUAAAUGCCCUCCAGUUCACCUUAGACGAGCGAAGUAUUGUAUGGUUGAACCAAUUUAUACUGGAUUUGAGACAAAGUCUUGAUCAGUUUAUGGCCAUGUAUAAACUGACCGAUAGUUCCAAGUCUGAUGAGCAUGUUGAUAUCAGAGUAGAUGGACUAAUGUUGAAGUUCAUCAUACCAUCUCAGAAGAAGCUAGAAUGUCAUCAUGACCAACCUACAGCCAUCAGUGUCCAGACUGCUGAAAUGAUAGCUAGUAACACAAGGCAGUCCCCAAACUGCCGUCGCUCAGAUUUAGAAGCCAUAUUUCAAGACUUUAAAGAGUAUGAUUUUUUUUCUAAAACAUUCACUACUUUUCCACGAUCACGUGAAAGCUUUGAUCUUUUGCAUCCAAUAUUUCAGAGACAUGCUUUUGAGCAGGACACUCAAAUGCACGACAUCUACAAAGGCUAUGUGACUCCAAAACUGAACAGCAAUGCACUAAAAACCUCAGCUGCUAAAGACAUUUGGGCCGUACAUUUCACUCAGUUUUGGAUUGAUUAUGAAGGAAUAAAAAGUGGAAAAGGAAGACCAGUUGGGUUUGUCGAUGCAUUUCCAUUUUCUGUUUGGAUCUGCCAACCAGCACGUUUUUUACAAUCUCAGAAGCAGAUGCUAGCAGGCAAAGAGAAGUCCGGUGGCAUUUCUAAAAGUGAAUCAACCGACUUUGCUGGGAGAUUGCAGCGUAAGCAGCUGCUGAAACAAUAUUAUAGCACAGAGACAGAUAGUUUCAAUACUUCUUUGCAGAAAUCUCAGUCCCUAGACAGCAGCUUAGGAUCCCCUCGUACCCAAGAGUCUACUGAUGCUGACAUUCAUGUUCUAGCCCACAUGCAAAAACAUGUUAGCAUGCAAAUUAAUCACUACCAGUAUGUUUUUUUGCUCUUGUUGCAAGAAUCUUUAAAGGAAUUGAUGGACAAUGUUAAGAAAGAUGUGGAAGCUGUGACUGGAAAGCCAGCAGAAGAAACCAAGGUUUCGAUAGGUGUGCUGCUCAAAAGUGCUGAAGUUUCCAUGCUGCUACACCCACUUCCAGAGGAAAACCUACCCAAAACUCCCCCCUCAAAUGAAGAAAACCAUAUUGAAGACACUAAACCUACAUCGCCAUCAAAAGACUCAAACAGUGAUAAUCUAAUAAUCAAUUAUGUUGAUUUAACAAAAGUUAAUUUAAUCUCACUGGGUGAAAAUGUUCUUGAGAAACCAGAUCACAAGCAGAUAAUUUUAUCCAAUUCAGAUACUUUGAUUUCUAAAUCAUCCAGCGAUACUGAACUCCUGACAAGGAUUUCCAGUUUGGAAGCUACCUCUGAUAGAUCUUCAUUAAAGGAAGACACUAAUGGUCCCUCAUGCCAGCAGGCUAUCUCAGACAGUCUUAAAGAAAGCAGCCGUAUGAGCAGCGAUGACAGUAUUUCCUGUCCGUUCAGUCUUCUUGAAGAAAAUCACAUUAAUAGCCAGAAACUUGACAAAGGGUUAAAAGAUGAUCCCCUUCUCAAUCCACCAGAGCUGGAGAUUGAGAAGAAACCGGUAUCGCUUGAAGUAAGUGGAGCAUCUAAGGAACGUUUCCCAUCCAACCAGGCAUCUUUCUGUGUGUCUUACAAGAACAUGAAGAGAAGUCCAUCACAAUUCUCACUGGAUAAUAUCUCCAUUGAUAGCAAUUUGUUGGAUGAUCAGCUGACUGAGAGUGAUGGGAGUGACCAUCUAGAAGUUGGCCCAGAUGAUUUUUCCUCCCUGAACUAUCAGUCCACUGCAGAUAACGGCAGCGCAGAGUUGAAGAAUGAAGAUAACUAUGUGUCUUCACCAGAUGCGGUGAGCGCAGUGUAUGACAGCACCCGGGACACAAGACAAGAUCUGAUGUCUGUAGUAGUAUUCAAAAUACUUGGUGUGAAUUGUGGGAUCGAUAUCAGAGGAGAAGAUGCUAUCAUUUGCCUACUGGUUAAUCAAGUAGUUCCAAACCAGCUUGGGAAUGUUGGUGUUUGGCAAUACCUUAACAGCCGGAGCAUGAGCUCCGAAAAUAAAUUAAUGAUAGAUCAGAGAAAGUCAAGUCCAGAAAUCAGCUUGCGUCUGGAAACAGGUCCAAGUUGUAAAAAGUAUUCUCCACUAGCUGCUGAAAAUGGGUUUCUGCAAUGCCAGGUGACAAAUUUUAGCUCAGAAUUCCUCACGUCUACACUUGCCAACAUCCGCCAUUUUGUGGAAGAUGACUCUGUUGCAGAAGUGAUGCCUAUGAAAAUCCAAAUUCAGAAUACGAGGGUACAUUUAAAGGAUGACAGUCCUCGAAAUAAUAACACUGAUCCAGAGCCGGACCCCAUAAUUCUUAACAUUGAAAACCUUUUUGUAGAAAGAAGUGAUGACGGAUCUUUCAAUAUAAAAGGUUUAAUGGAUCCAAAUACUGAUGAUACAACCAAUCACAGAGACUCAAAUAGUAUUGUUCAAAUUAAACACAGCGACUCCAAAAUCAUAAAGGAGAAAAUCAAUGCUACUAAAUGCACACAGACACUUUGUGACAGCACUGGACUCCCAGAUGCCUCUGAAUUGUACAAUAGCACAGACUGGAGAACAGCAGCACUCACUAAGGCACAGCUCCUUGAAGAAAAUGAAUGUCUCAAACAAGAGUUGGCCAAAACAAAAAUGGCUCUUGCAGAGUCGCACAUGGAAAGAGACAGACUUCAGCAUCAGUUAAAGAAUAUAUCAUGUGAAAAGUAGUACACAGUAACCAUCGAUGAUGCACUGAACUUAAAAUGCCAGCAUAUAUUUUCUGGCAAUUUAUUUUAAUGACGUCCUUCAAUUCAGUUGAUUCGGUAUCAUGCGUUUGUGAAUCAAAAUAAGUUAUCAAGAGUCCAUCUAUUAUUUUACAGAGGAGAAAUCACCGUUUUAAUAAGAAGGACAAAUACAUGUAGCCUUUUUUUUUUUUUUUUAAAUAAAGGCUAUCAAUUGUUUAAUUUCAAUUAUUGAUACUUUCAAUGUGUGCUCCUCCAGCACUGAAUAGGUUAAGCCUAAAAGAUUGGAAAACAUUUUUUACAAAAAAAAGUGUUAAAUAAAUAAAUAAAUAAUAAAUUUAGGGGAAUUGUUUGUUUAUUUAAGAAAGUGUAUCAUCAAAUAUUAAUUUUCUUUAGACAAAUCUGUUUUACUA